UCUUGAAGUGAUGCAGUCAUGACAAUCAUGGAGUACAUCCAACGGCUGGAACGAUUCAAGUUUUUCCAGCACUCUUACAAGAAUCCUUCGGAGUUUUAUACAAGUUUGAUCGAGAUUCCCAACAAAGUAGCCAGAGUGGCGGGCUUGAAUAUUUUCAGCAAAGAUUACAAAGUGUUUUCCUGGAAUUUGGCUUGUUUGCUGACGGUGUUUGUGGUUUACGGAAUCGUUACGCCGUUUACAAUUUAUGAAGUGCGUCAAAAUGUGGAUGAUCUCAUCUAUUGUCUUGUGACGGUUGGAAUCGGUAUCCAGGGGGUCAUGAAAAUGAUAACAUUUCUCGUUUAUCGCAAGGAAUUGAUUUGGACCCAGGAGUACACCCAGAAGAUCUACCAAGAAGAAAGCCACAACCACAAGCAAGUUCUAAUGGAACAAGUCUCACUGUUGAACAUUAUGACAAGGAUUAUCAUUACGAGUUAUAUUUAUUUGGGCUUUCUACUGGCAAUGGGACCAUUUUUGUACUCGUUGAUGGCUGGGAAGAAAGCCCUCUCGUUUGGAUUCUGGAUUCCAUACCUCGAUCGUUUUUCGUGGCCCGGAUAUCUGUGUAACGUCGUGAUGCAAGUCAUAAUGACACUGUUCAUAUGCUCGGAAAACUUGGGAGCAGAUGUUCUACAUUUUAUGACAAUGAUGAGCUCACGAACCCAAGUUGAUAUGCUGAUGAUCAAACUACGGGGCAUCAAAAGUAGUGACUUGGACAUGCGAGAUAAACUUAAAGAAAUUAUAAGACGUCAUCAGGAACAUCUUGAAUUUGUGGGUACAGUAGAAAUGAUUUACAGAAGUUUCUUUUUCGUGAUUUUUUCAACUCUGGGAGCAACUCUUUGCUUAUCUCUGUAUGCAGUCGCAACGCUUGGCUGGGUUGCAGGUUCCAUUCCGUGCAUGUUCAUCAUUUAUGAGAUGUUUGUCUAUUGCUUUCUAGCAACCAUUCUGCAAACGAAGGAGGACGAAUUACAACAAGAAAUUUACAAGGUUCCAUGGUAUCAGCUGUCAAUUUCCGACCAAAAAUCGAUUCGUAUCGUUCUUGAAGCAACACAGCAACCCGUCUGCUUAACACUCAUUUUCUACCCACUGAAUAUGCCAACUUUCGUAGAUGUGAUGAAAACGAUUUACAGCUACCUUACAUUGUUGCUUACGUUUAGCAAAGCUUAGUUACAGAAAAAAAUCUUUUCUUGGUUUAUAUUUGGACUUAAAAAAUCAAUGAAAAGUCAUCGAUCAUACCAAAAUUAUUCCAGUAUUCCUUACAAAAAUGAUCAAUACUAACAACAAUUUUCAGGAACUACCGCUUAGAAAGCUAGGCUACAUGGCAUGGUUUUUAUGUAAUCAAUUAGAAAUAUAUGUACAAUUUUGUUUCCCAAUCAAUUAAUCCUUGAAAUCGUUUCCCAAGAAAAAUCUCGCAUAGAAGGGCUUUAUCCAAAAUAAUUCUCUCCUCUAUAUAGAGAAAAUGUUUUAUCACAAAACACCUGGUUAACCCAUCAAAAACUAGAGCAAUCAAAAUGUCGUCUCGUAACCAGAAAAAUAAAAGAAAAACCACACUUCAUGUUGAGUGUAGGUGUUACCAAAACCCAUUCUGACAUGGCAUUUGUUUCACAUUCACCGCUACCGCGCAGCCCUAGAAGAAACGAAAGGAAAAAAUCUCAAAGAAAAAGUCCUCAAUUGGCUUCCCAACGGACUGGGCCAGAAAUAGCGAGCAAUUUACAGGGAAAGAGCUUUUCACACCCCCACAAACAACAAUAAAUCUAAUCCAAUAAAUCCAAUCGUCACU